AUGUCUACAGAGAAUAUUACGGUCAGCUUGUCUCGUUUGGCACUGGCCAAAGCCAUUAAAACACCCGAUGUGGAAGAAAAGGAUGCCGAACCUUGGUCGAAAAGCGUUAUUUUCCACCAAUCACAUAUUGGUUCAAAAAUGCGUGAAAUCCAACAUCCUUCAGCAAGGCAUAGAACGCGCAGCAACGACAAACCUCUAAUGCCAAGACAUAACCGACCGCCCAUGUCGUCAUUUCCGUCGGACCAGCAACAACAGCGAUACCACUCCUACCAAGCCGCCCAACACGAUCCUUCUCCAAGAAGCACACCGAUGAGCCGUAUAGCUUCGGAUCCUCAUCAUCCUCAAAACAACUCCCACCACCAUCACCACCAAGACAUACCCUCCCGGCCUGCCACGUCUAUACCCCAAAGUCAGAGCAGCAGCAGCCAUGGUCGAUCGUCGUUUUAUUCUACCAACUCGUCUCGGUCUGCUAGUCAAGCUCAUUCACCUAUACCGCCUCAAACAAGUAAUAAGCCCGUACGACAAUGGAUUCCUAGCGACGAUGAAGAUGAAGAUGAUGAUACUGAGGACGAUGAGGAGGAGGAGGAAGAAGAAGAAGAAGACGGCGGAAAAAAGGGUCCACAUCCAUUAGAACCACGUAAAAUCGAAAAUACCAUCCGAUCCUCUCCCCCAGCUAGUCGGUCUGCUGCCACUCCGUCACCUCAACCGAUGCUUCGAAAUCAUGCUUCCAAAGCACAACCACAACCCAGCGAUGAUGAAGAUGAGGAUGAUGAUGAAGAUGACGACGAUGAUGAAGAGGAGGAAGAUGACAACGAGGUUAAUAAUGGUAAUGUCAAGCACCAAGUCAAAUCCGAUAAUUAUGAGCAUUCGUUUGCGACGGCUCCUAUUGAAGAAACCGAUGAACAUAUGCAUGCACGACGUAUGUCGACUUUACGACAAUUGGAACGUGGACCUAGUCUUCAUAAACGAUCACGAUCCUUGGGCGAUAUGAACUUGAUACCUGAACCGGUGAUGGAACCCGUCUCGUCUCCUCCGUUGGAGUUGGGCAACCCUGCGAAAUUAGGAUCCAUUGAACAAUGGCGACAAAUGGUGUUGGAAGCUGAAGAGACGACGAACAGCACCCCCCUGUCUGAACCGAGUAGCUUAUCUUUGCCUACCGACCCCGUGGAACCGAGCAGCCACGUGGACAUGCCGACAGAGGAGCCAAUGAGAGGCGCACCUACAGUACCUUUAGGAUACCCUGCACGCAAUAGACGAUCGACAUUAAGUGAAAUGGAUAUGUUGUACCACAUGCAAAUCCAGCAACAACAACAACAAGCGGCUCAACUGCAAUUUCAACAAGCCCAACAAAUGGCGCAAAUUCAACAGUACCAACAAUACCAACAAGCUUUAAUGCAACAACAACAACAACAAUCCAUGUUACAACCCCCCAUGUUACGGUUACCAAUGACUCCGGAAAAGAAGGCCAAUCGCAAGAGUGUUUCCGCCAUGGAUCUCAUGCUCCAAAUGGAACAAGAAAAAGAAGCCAACAAAGUGCGCAAGGUGAAGAGAAUCGAUGCGUCCAAUGCUCACAUUGAAGGUUUACUGGGUCGUUUACCUGAGCAAGGCACACAUAACAUCAAUUUCCAGCAAACCCAGGCGGCCGUGAAGCUGAAUGCCAAUCGAAUGAAAAUGACCAGGGCCAGUAAAAGCGAUUACAAUGUAGCAGGACUGGCGGCGGAGCGGAAACCGCGCAACUAUGGUGGACGAAGCGGAGGCCGACCUGCUAGCACAUUGCACGUGGAUCAGCCUGCACCGCGAAUGACAAGUACCGAUGCUCGUCGUCGAUCACAAAUGAUGCGUAGUGAAAGUUCACCUGUGAUGCCGACCCCCAGUAUGUCGACACCUAUACCUCAAAUGAUGCCGCCAACGUCGCAAUAUAUGGGAAUGGGCAUGCCCAUGGGAAUGCCAAUGGGAAUGCCCAUGACCAUGGGCACUCCUAUGCCAAUGAAUGGUAUGCCCAUGUUAACACCAAGUAUGAGUACAGGACGACCGACCAGUAUGAUGAGUUCCAAGCGACAAAGUGCCAACUGGGGCAACAUGCGGUAG